CAGAUUUUGGAAAUUUCGGGAAAGCAGGAAAAAAUUCCUUUCUUUCCUGCCACGUCUGAGAUCCCGAUUCGGUCCCAGCCUUUACUUCCUCUGGAGGCUCAGUUAAAAGAAAGAAACAAACAGCUACUGGGAGAGACGAUUGAAUUAAUUAACGGUUUGCCAUGUGGUCCAGACUCACCUUUUGCCUCAUAGUGUCUCUACAUGUUCUCCUGCUGCAGAGCAGCAUCACUAACUCAUCAAAGAGCACCGGUGCUCCACCCAAACCAUCUCUUCCUAGUCUCCUAAAUGACCCGACCUGGGCUCUGGGUUUGCGCCUGUACCGGGUCCUACGCUCUGAUGCAAGCUCUGUAAACACUCUGUUCUCCCCUCUUCUCUUAGCCUCCUCACUUGAAGUGCUGGCUGAAGGCUCAGUGGGCAAAACUGCCAGCCAGAUUCAAGAUCUUCUCAAGCCGCCAUCCAAAGCCAAAGGACAGAUUGGGGACCUUCUCUCUGUGGCAUUGAAGACCUUUGUUGAAGCUAAUGGCACCAGCUUCCAGACGCGCACAUCCUCUGGUUUGUUCACCAAGCAAACUCCUGCCUUCAGUCAGGCUUUUACGAAGGUGAGCCAGAGCAGGUUAGGGCUGCAACACCACAUGCUGGGCAAAGGGGACUCCAAGGCGGACCUGAAGCAGCUUCUUGAUUGGUUUAAGGCUGCGCUCAGUGGAAAGGAGGGAGCUCCAUUCGACGUGGAAAUCAAGGCUAAAGCUGGAGCCAUGAUCCUGGCAGAUACUAUUCACUUCAAAGGGCUGUGGCAGAGAGAGAUGAGCGAGGAGAGCACUGAUCGCCGCACAUUCUUGGGGAAAAAAUACACUAAAGUGAUCAUGAUGCACAGAGCAGGUCUGUACCGCUUCCAUGAAGAUGUCGACAACAUGGUGCAGGUUCUGGAGGCACCUCUGUGGGGAGGUAAAGCCAGCCUUGUGCUCCUGCUCCCCUUUCAUGUGGAAAAUCUGGCAAGGCUGGACAAGUUGCUGACCCCAGAGCUGCUGUCAAAGUGGUUGGAGAGGACAGCCAAUACCACUGUGGCUGUUUCACUGCCAAAGGCGAACAUCAGCAGCGCACUCAGUCUACAGAAACAGCUGUCUGCUCUGGGUUUGACCGACGCCUUGGACCAGAAGGUAGCUGAUUUCUCUGGGGUGUCCGACAAGGGCAAAGGGAAGCUUCACCUUGGUGGCGUCCUCCACUGGGCUUCCUUGGAGCUGGGUCCCAAGGCUGGAAAAGAGGAAGCAAACCUCGAAGAUGAGAAGAUAGAAAAACCCAAGCUGUUCUACGCCGACCAUCCGUUUAUCAUCUUUGUCAGAGACAACACCACCGGAGCCCUGCUGCUGAUGGGCGCUCUAGACCACGCCGAAGGAGAGCUCUUACAUGAUGAAUUAUAACGUCUCUUCUCACUUCCUGUCUUUUUUCAUUUUUUCCAAGUCCCUCUCCCAGACAGCUUGCUAGUUUCUGAGUGCAGACAUUGUCAUUUACUGUGGCACUCUUUCACAUCACACUGUCAUACGCUGACACCACCAUAGUCUUCUGGCUGAGUGACACUGACACCCUCAUAUUCGACAUUUACAGUGUCAGACCCAGAGCUACACCUACACUGCAUGUAUAAAUGAUAACUCUGUACAAGACAUCACUGAAGUCGACGGAUACAACAUAAAUCUUCCAACUCGGAGGAAAUUAAAGGCUUUUCCUUCCACUAAAAGAAACUUUUAGAGACUGAUCAAAUCAUCAAAAAUGACAAACAAGGCUGUUGUGGCAAAGAUCCACCAUCUUGACAUGCAGAGGAGUGGUUACAGACAGGAUUCUUUCGACCAAUACAACACUAAGACAGUAGCAAUGUUGUCACUCUCUCCUGAUGUCCUCUGAGGGUCAUCACUGGAAGAAUGAUGGCUUCCUCUACUGUUUAUUGUUGAGUCAGCUUAAUGUUAAGGAUUGUAUCGCAUUACAGCUCGUCAACAAAACAUGAAGAGAAAGGCCAAACAUUUUAAUCUCCUAAAGCCAUCACAGAUCCUUGAUGCCAUUACAUCACUGGAAACAAACUUGAAGGACAUCACCUGAUUUACAUGUAAAAGCCUACAUUUUUAUGUUUUCUACAAGUAAAUGCGUUAUUGAUUGUUACAUUUUUUAAAAUCUAAAAUCAAUAAUCCUGUUGUUGUUUUAAUCUGUUAGGUUGUUAAAAACAUCUUAUUGACUUUGUACUCAGAAGUAAGACUCCUUUGUUUCAAGUUGGGGGGAAAAUACAAUGGUCUCUGAUGUUGGAAUUUGAAAUUUGAAAGCUACUUAUCCACUCUGAAUUCACUUUUCAGGGUGCCAUGGAUGCAUAAGAAACAUGGCUUCUGUUGAAGGAAUAUAUCUGCAAUUCUGACAGGUUUUAAUAUAUUGACACAUCAAUUGGAAUUUUGGAUUGGUUUGACACCUUUUGUAUACUUAGACCUACUUAUAUCUAUUCUAGCCAGUUCUGGUUUCUCUCUCAGUAGCAUUAUUUAAGAAAGAACAGCAUUUAUUUUUAGUCUCCCUGCUGUGAGUGCUUUUUUAUUAUUUAUAUUAGGAACGGAUGCAACAUCAUGCACUGUGUAAGUGAACAGUUGCUAUAGACCAGUCCUUUUUUCAUUAUUUUAAACCGAAAGAGAAGCAACAUUGAGAUUUAAAACUGUCCAAACAUACUUUAUAUAAGCAAAAAAAAAAAAUCAGCUAGCAUUACUGGAACCAUUGUCUCCGUUUUACUUUCUGGAUCCUUCAAAUCCUCCAACUUAAAUUUCUUCCAUGAUAGAUAAAGGCUAAAAAUAUCGAGCCUUCCUGUUAUCAGCAUAUGUCUUUCUAUUAGGGCCUACAUGAACCACAGACAUGUACCAAUAUGUUCUUCCCUACCUGCUAUUUAUACAAAGCCUGCUUAGCCAUGCCACAGAAAGAACUCCACAGUAAUUAUGCAACUACUCGGUCAAUUAGUUUUUACAGCAUCCAUAUGGCAGGCACCACCAUCCCCUGAAAUUAGACCAAAGUUUAUUUUUGCUGGAAUCUGCAGCAAGUUUUGAGACAAAGAUGGUUAUUUUCAGAAUAAUUUAAUUAAGAAAGAAUGGAUUUCACAAAGGCUUCAUUCAAUUAAGAAAUACUAUGUAGAAUAAAACUGAAAAUAUUGGAUACAAAAAAAGUGCAAAACACAUUUCAGGUCUGUUACCUACAGAAUUAAUUAUUUUGGUUUCCAUUUUAGAUUUAUCACAGGUGGAUUUUAUCCUACAGUCUUGCAUUUCCUGCACAUGAUUCAUGGUAGGGAUACUCCAUGGAUUGGCAAUAAUAUAAGAGUCUGCCAAUAUUCGUAACUUUUAAGAAUAUUGGUAAUCGUUUUGGGUCGACAUUAAAAACAGAUAUUUGUUUUCCAUGUAGUUAUUGUUUUGUUUUUUUUUAAGAAGGGGUGGGUCUUUUUUGAUGAUAUGACAGAAUAAGGGAUGCAGCUCAGGGUUGUAGACGUUCCCAGAAGUAGAGAGGCAAUAUCAGCACUAGGGGUGGAACGGUUCACAAAAUCCACGGAUCGGUUUGGUUCACGGUUUCGUGGUCAUGGUUUUCAGUUCGGUAUAUGUUGAUUGUUAGGAAAAUCUAUU